CAUCUCCAGUGUGGGUGCAGAUUGAAACCACAACAAAACAGUGAUCGAGAGAGAGAGAGAGAGAGAGAGAGAGAGAGAGAUGAGCUUCUCGUCGACGGCGGGGUAUUUGGCUCGGCGAGCCGCCCAGAAGGAGAGGGUUCGGAUUCUGUACCGGCGAGCCCUCAAAGACACUCUCAACUGGGCAGUCCAUCGCCAUCUUUUCUACCGAGACGCUUCGGACCUGCGCGAGAGAUUCGAGGCAAACAAGCACGUGGAAGAUCUUGAUACAAUAGACAAACUUAUAGCUCAUGGGGAAGCUUCCCAUAAUAAGUGGCGACAUCCUGAUCCAUAUAUUGUUCCUUGGGCUCCAGGCGGUUCUAAGUUUACGCGAAACCCAACUCCACCUGCUGGAAUUGAGAUAAUAUAUGACUAUGGACGGGAAGAUCACUGAAGUCUUCACUGUCAUGGUAAUAAAUAAGGUUGAAAUGGUCGACGGCUUCGUCAGAGUUGAUGAUGAUAAAGGGAGCUUCUUUGAUGUGUAAACUUGAAUGAACACAAAUUAUAGUGUUAUUCCUUGUUGAUUUGCUUUCUACUUUUGCUUAGAUAUGCAAAUUUGACAUAGAAAAUCACCCAUUGGAACGGUGUGUGAUGCUCUGCAACUUUUUGGCUGAUUUAUGCCUAUUCCUUCUGCAUGUACCUGUUUUCUAUUCAUGUGGAUAAGUAUUUCCAUUUCUUUCUCCU